AUGUCACGCACGAUUGAUAAACUACCCGAAAAUGAUGCCUCUCCGACGGUCAAACUCGUGGUCGCCAGCUGUAGUCGGACAGCGACGCUGGGCGUCUACCAAGCCCUCAAGAUUCUGGGCUACAAACCGUACCACAUGUACGAAAUGGCCAUGUCUGGUGGAGACACUCACUGGGAGAUCAUGAUGCAAGGCUUCCGCGCCCAAGGGGACCGUUGGUCGGGCGUCCAGCGGUACACCAAGCGCGAGUUCGACAAGUGGUUCGCGGGCUACGACGCCCUGGUCGAAGUGCCUUCGUACUUCGACACGGCGAUGCUGGAAUCAUACCUGCUGGACCCCAACGUGAAAUUCAUCCUUACCGAGCGCACACCGGAGAGCUGGGCGAGAUCGUUCAACGGCUUCAUCGGGGAUCUGGUGACCAACAUCGAGUCCCCACCGAUGAACAUCCUGCGCCACUUCAACCGGACGCUGAACUAUUUCUGCCUCUUGAACAUCGACGUGUACGACUAUUGGAGCGACGGCACGCGUCCUGGCGACCCACGCAACGAGGGGAACCUGGGGAGGAACUAUGAGCAGUACAUCAGCCGGGUGAAGAGGUUGAUCCCGCCGGACCGGAUGCUCGUGGUGAAACUUGAGGACGGGCUCGGCUGGGAACAGAUCUGUCCGUUCCUAGGCAAGCCUGUCCCGAAGGGGGUCACAUACCCCAAAGGGGUGGAGCAUACGGAGGUCAAAGACAAGUUGAUCGUGCCAUUGGUGAGAAAUGCUAUGAUGAAGCUGGCCUUGACGGUGACGGUACCCAUUGCCCUGGGAGCGACGGUGUGGUGGAAGUGGUCUGCAUCGAGGUGA